AUGAAGCCGCCCUGCUCCCUCUACUGCUCCCUGUGGUUCCUCCUGCUGCUGGGAGCCGGAUCUCUGCUGCUGCUGGUCCGCCUCCAGGACCUGAACCAGGUGGUCCUGCAGCAGACCCCAGGUGUGAACAUGAUGGCGGAUCCCAGAAGAACGACUGAGGAGGAUGCGGUGACCUACAGAACAUCAGGAGCAGAUCAGACUGAAAUUCCGGGUCAAGUCCUCUCAGACUCUCUGUUGGUGAUUGAAGACUCUAAACAGCCGGUCACCAAACGACACAGGAAGUUGCUCCUGAAGAACCCAAACCCGUCCAGCGCCCCUGCAGAUGCAGAGAAGGAACCUCACCUACGGCAGCAGCUGGCGGCCAUACAGGCGUCCCGGCGGCGCCUGCUGACCGAAGUCUGUGCCAAAUACCAGCCGGGCGUCACCGAGCAGCUGGUCUCUCAGCGGCAGGUGUCCCGGGUUUUCGUGGAGGACCGGUCCAGGCUGCUGUACUGCGAGGUGCCCAAAGCCGGCUGCUCCAACUGGAAGCGGGUUCUAAUGGUGUUGAGAGGCAGCGCCGCCUCCACACUCGACAUUCCUCACAACGCGGCGCACUACGCCAACCACCUGCGGCGCCUGGAGAACUACGACCACGCCGGCAUCGCCGAGAGACUCCGCUCCUUCACCAAGUUGCUGUUCGUCAGGGAGCCCUUUGAGCGUCUGGUGUCGGCGUUUCGGGACAAGUUUGAGAGUCCGAACUCGUACUACCACCCGGUGUUCGGACGCCCGAUCAUCUCCAGGUACCGCGCCAACGCCACACGCACCGCCCUGCGCACCGGCGCCGGAGUCACUUUCAGGGAGUUCGUCCAGUACCUGCUGGACGUGCGACGGCCAGUUGGAAUGGACAUCCACUGGGAGCCGGUCAGCCAGCUGUGUCACCCCUGCCUCCUCCGGUACAACUUCAUCGGGAAGUUUGAGAGCCUGGAGGAAGAAGCCAACUUCCUGCUGCGGAGCGUCGGAGCGCCGAGGAACCUCACGUUCCCCGACUUCAAAGACAGAAACCCGCGAGCUGAGAGGACUUCCUCCACAAUCACCCAGAGAUACUUCUCACAGCUGAACUCCACCGAGAGGCAGAAGGCCUUCGACUUCUACUACAUGGACUAUCUGAUGUUCAACUACCCCAAACCCUUCAAAGACCUGCACUGA